AUGUGUGUGGAGAAAUUGGAGAGGAACAUCAUUGAGACAAAAAAUAUUCUCAACAGGGAUAUCAAAAGGAUUAAUGAAGGGAGGAAGCCCCUGUACCAGGAGGACAUUGACAAGUCAAUCCCGAACUUACUGGAGCAACUGGAACCUCUGGAUAAAGAUGCAGCCGAAGCCUCUCGUUUGCAGCAUCCUCAAUCUGAGAUGAUUGAGAAGGAUAUUAAACAGCUGCGACAGCGUGUGAUGAAUCUCCGUGAGGAACAUGAGCGCACUUACCAUUUCGCACAAUCGAAGAAGCUUCCCAUACUGGAUGAUUCUGAAUGGGAAGUUAAAAUACCUUCAGAGGUUACGACACAUUCAAAAAUCAAGUACAGUGUCAGCUCCUCUGAAGGGCAGCAUGAAUGUUCAGAGACUGGCCUCCGCUGGCAGUCUGACAGUGAUGUCAGUUUGGAGUAUCGGUUUGUGGACUGGAAAUCACUCAGUAAAGAUAUUUUGAAGAACUACAAGCCAUGUGGACCUUUGAUGGACAUCACUGUAACCUCUGGUACUCUGGAGGAAAUUCAGCUAACUCACUGUGUCUGUGUAGAUUCUGAAUCUUCCUCAAAUGAUGCAGUGAAAGCUCUUCAUGUGAAGGACGGUACUGUUUCAUUGGAAAGAUGUGAAUUAAGUGGAUUCCAUGCCAAGCUUGUCAAUCCCACCUUCUCAUUCUUGGCAAUUGUUGUAGAGGUGCAACAGUACCUCACCAUGAAAUUUCACUGCGAAACUUUGAUUUAUCGCAACAGAACAUCUCCCCUCAACCUUCAUGUGUACCUGUUUUUAAAGGAUAGAAAACUUAAGAAGAAAGUGGAGGAGAAAGAGAAAGAUAAUAUAGAGAUUUUAAAACCAACUCCAGAUGAAGCCCUUAAAAUCGAUGACUGUUUUACUCUGAAGACAUCUUCUGACUGCAAAAUCAAACCUUCGAAUUUAAAAUUGAUACCCAACAAGGCCAACUUCUUUGAUAUACACAUUCAAGAUGCAAAUGAACCGAUUGAACUCUUUAUGAUGACAAAAGAAGACAAAAGGAUAUGGGAAGUUAAUAUAGAAGCAGAUGAAUUCAACACAGACAGUUCAGCAUCUCAAUGGAGGCAGACGACCUCUUCAACAAUUAAUAAAUCCUCGCUUAUUAUGCAAUGGAUGCGCCGCCUGAUAGAUGCUAUGGGACAAUCAGCUCUCGCUCGUUUAGAAGCGCCUCAUCUGCCCUCCAAAAGCGAGCUGAUGAGACUUCGGCUCAGUCGCACAGAUCAGGAGCGCAAUGCUCGUCUGACAUGUGCUGAGUUUGUGGAGAAACACAGGACAGAGCUGAUCAACGGAGUCUCACUGGUGGACCCCAUUGCAGACGACAUGAAACCUCUGCUUGGUGAUGAAAAAUACCAAACCAUCUUUAACGCAGGAACACCACAAGACAGAAUGAGAAAGCUUCUGAGCUUUAUCACAACAACUAAACUGAAAGAGAAACUUUACCAAAGUCUUCUAAAGCAUGAGCGCUUCCUUGUUGAAGAGUUGCAGGAUUCUGAGUAGUUGCUUUUCCAAGAGUCAGUAGAAUUAAUUCAUUAUUAUUAUUUUACAGUAGACAGGUCAUUAAUAAUAUAACGUGGCCUGGGGUAUAAAGAGAUGUGGAAUAUACAGUUCUGAAUGUUUUUUUAUUUUUUUGUUUGUUUUGUUUUGUUUUGUUUGUUUGUUUUUUACACUCAAUGUCUUUUUCAAAUUUUCUGAUAAAAAAACCUAAGAAUACAUAAACACAAAUACUCUGAAUUUGAACUAUGUGACUUCCUGAAUGAUUUUACACCUUACUUUUGGAGAGAUUUUUCCACUGUUUCCACAAUCUCCAUUUUAAUAACAUACAGUAUCUCUGUUUGUGCUAGAGCCACCAGCUUUAACAACUUAUUUCAAAAGUCUUUAUACAUUUUCUAAACAUGUUUGCAUGUGGUUAGUAAAAUUUAGUUUGAUAGCUUAUUUUACAUAUUUACUGAAAACUAAUUCCUUAUUGUUACAUUUUUUUAUUAUUAUUAUGUAUUUCUGAGUUAUACACCUGUUCCCAUUUGUUUCCAUUUAUUAUUACUAUACCCCUUAUCUUUUGCUAUAAUCAAUUGCUUCUAUCUAGACACAUUUUUUUAAUUAACUGCUUUUUUAUUCUUCAUAUUGGCAUCCUCUGGUGACAUAUAUGCACACAAUGUAAAUGUUAGAAGCAUGUCAUUUGAUUAUUAAAUGCACAUGUCUUUGGUCUAACGCUGAACAACAGUAAUUACUGUAUUUGCAUUAUUGUAAGGGGUAGGUUUAGGGUUGGGGUAAUAAAACACAAUCUUAUAGGUAGCAAAUUGAAUUUAUUGUUAACUAAAUCUAUUCUUUCAGAGAAAAAAAAAAAAAGGAAUCAAUUUGUCAUAAAUUACCAUAAAUGGACAAGUAAGUAUGAUGCCAGUGUUCAGCUUGUCCUCCAAAGGACUCGCUGCGGUUGGAUGAUAUUUUAACCCAGUAUCCCCUAUAGAGGGAAUUUUUAUUUUUUUGGAUUUAAUUGAUUUUAAAAACUGUAUUAAUAAUAAAAUAAAAUAAACACUUCAAAAUUCUACAAACCAUUUUCCCUUCUUAAUCUUUAAUAUCAUGAUUCACUGAGAAACAGAUGCUGACUUUUCUGAAUUCUGUUUUUUUUUUUUUUUUUUUUUUUUUUUUUUUUACUGUAAAGAUGUAAACAAGUUUUGCCUGGAUUUGUCAGAGUUUAUACUUAAUUUAAUCAAUAUUAAUUAUUGCUUUACUUUAAAGGGUGUUAGCUUGAAUUAUGAAAACAAAAGCAAUAAAGAUCUAGAAUUUCUUGUUAA